AUGUAUUAUAGUAAAUUAUCAAUAGUUCAAUUUAAAGAAGUCAAGUCUUCAAACAAGUCAUCACUGCCAACCUCCAUUGUUACCAAGAGAAGACGUGGAAGACCAGCAAAGAAUGAUCCAAAACCAAUAUUACCAAUAGGUUAUUUACAAAUGAUUACCUCUACAGAAUCACUAGCUAGUUCUAAUAGUAGUGUUGAUAAAGUGGUACUACUUGAUACUCCUAAUCAUUGUCGACAAGAGGAUCUUGAUUUCAAAGGCUUGUCGCAGAGUGGUAAUAGUAUGACCUAUUUUCAUAACAAGGCUUGUUGUAGCAAGGAGGAGAGUAGCAAUAAUAAUAUUAGCUUUCUAACAACACUUAAUUCGAGGCUACAUCCACAACCUAUUUUCAAUACAACAUGUAAUAAUAAUAAUUGUCAUCAUUCACCAUCAUCCACUAAUAAUAAUAAUGUAAAUAAUUUCAUCAUGAUGAAGAGCAAUGAUGAUAAUAUUGAUAUUGAUAAUAAUACAAGAAGAUGUUCAAUGUUUGUAAAUUAUCAAUGUGAUGUAGAUGAUGAAAAUAGCAACUUUUCACAAAGUAGAAGUAUUCACAGUAGUGGUAACAGCAAAGUUAUUUGUAUUAAUAUGAGAAAUAGGCGUCCAUGCAGGACUUCAAUAUCAAUAAAAGACUUGUUGAAUUAA